CGUGCAAAAACCCAGUGGCUCCACCUCUCGGUCACUCCUUGCCAAGCAAAAGCCCAAACCCUAACCCCUUUCUUUCUUCCCUCAACUCUCCAAAUUCGGCGCAGAUGGAUAGAGAGAAGCUCAUCAAGAUGGCUGGAGCAGUUCGCACUGGUGGAAAGGGUAGCAUGCGCAGGAAGAAGAAGGCUGUUCACAAGACCACUAGCACAGAUGAUAAAAGGCUUCAAAGCACUUUGAAAAGGAUUGGGGUAAACACAAUCCCUGCUAUUGAAGAGGUUAACAUUUUUAAGGAUGAUUCAGUUAUCCAAUUUGUGAAUCCCAAAGUGCAAGCUUCAAUUGCAGCCAAUACGUGGGUGGUCAGUGGUUCUUCGCAGACAAGAAGAUUGCAGGAUAUUCUACCGUCAAUCUUCAACCAGCUAGGUCCUGAUAACUUAGACAACUUGAGGAAGCUUGCAGCACAGUUUCAGAAGCAGGAACCUGGUGCUGAUGCAAACGCUGCGGCUCAGGAGGAUGAUGAGGACGUACCUGAUCUUGUUCCUGGAGAAACUUUUGAAGCCGCCGCUGAGGAAAAGCCACGGCUGCUGAAGAUAAGCCCGCAGCUUGAGAUUUUGGUACAAAACUUCCCCAUUGUAACUGGUUUUUCUGACUUCCAGGCUUUUGGCAAACUUGAAGGGAAUCUCAUUGGAAACCUUAUAUCCUAUUUCGUCAACCCGUGUGUAUCUGAUUUUAUUUGAGUUGUGAUGGAAUUGCACAAUGUUAUGUUAUGGUUAUAUGGACUCUCUGAUAAUCUUUUGCCUGCAUCAGCCCUUCAUUUAUGCUUUUGUUAACCAUGUGUAUAAACUGAAGAACAUCUUAUUGUGAUGAUUCAGAUUGAGAUUUGCA